AUGAAUUGGGGGAAAUGCAAACCUUAUUUGUACAUGGACGAAUGCAUUCCAGUAAUCGUCCUCGGACCUAAUUUUCAACUAUUUUUGUGGGCCUACAUCGCAUAUGCAAUUUAUGGCUUCAUCAUAUUGAUUUUGUUAUACUCAAGGCAUCUCGGAUUCAUUAGAUUAUCCUUAAGCGUAGUGUCCUAUACUUCAACCUUAACAAACUACUUCCUGGCAGCCUUCAUGAAUCAAGGAGUUAGCAAUUAUAGUUAUAAGUAUUUUAUAUAACCAACUAAAUACUGUGAAAUUUGCAAGCAAAGAUAACAAAAAUAAACAGAACACUGCGAUGCAUGCGGAGUCUGUAUUGAAGGUCAUGAUCAUCACUGUCCCUGGAUUGGCAAAUGUGUUGGCAGACACAAUAAGCGAUACUUUUAUGUCUUUAUAUUCAGUAUGUUUGUAUUCCAAAUUUCAAGUAUAUUGAUGUUUACCAAAAUUUUAUGA